AUGACUCUGGAAAAGGUAAAAGCCUUACUCCAUGAAUUUGGACUUCCUCUGGUGAAUCAAUUGAAUACUUAUCAGAUUGCUCUUACAGAAAAACUCAAUGUCCUUGGAGCCCAGGAUGACAAAAUUCUGGCUUUAAUGACAGAAGAGCACAUCAAAGAUGAAAUCAAGGAAACUGGAAACUUCAGAGAAUCUAUUCAUCAGAUGAUAGUGGAAAUUGACAAAACUUUCAAUGCAGUUGAACUUGAAAAGGCCAGAAAUAUAGAUAAGCCAAUUCCUCUCUCUAAUUCUAAUUUGUUUACCAAAAGUCUUGAAAUUGGGAAGGCAAAACUGCCAAAGAUUAAUCUCAAGAAAUUCUAUGAUAAUCCCAUUUCCUUCAAUCCAUUCUGGGACUCAUUUGUAAGAGCAGUCGAUGACAACCCUGGUUUAUCAGAUGUUGACAAAUUUAAUUAUUUGGGAAAUUCAUUAGAAGGGCCAGCCACAGGAGCCAUUCAAGGGCUACUGCUUACACCAAAAAAUUACAAGUCAGUUAAAGCCCUUCUAAAGAAAUGAUUUGGGCAACCCCAAGUGAUCAUUAAUGCUCACUUGGAGGGAUUAGUCAAAAUAUUAGCUGUAAGCAUUGACAAUGAUUUGAGAUGUCUAGGCCUUCUUUGCGAUCAAGUUGAGGCACAUGUUCAAGCUUUACAAGCCUUGGAAAUAA